GCUAACUCCCUGGCUGGGAAUCUAACUAGUGCUAAAGUGGCUGCUCAUAGCUUCAUAGUGCCACCAAGGAGGCCCAAUAGUUGUCUUGUUUUGUAUCACCUAUUCUGUCAUAGUCUUUGUUUAUAGUUGAUUACUCUAGGUGGUUCUUUUCAGGAAUGAAAAUGAGUCACAUAUUUUGCUGCUCUGGUAUUAGUGAGGAGACAAAAUUCUCCUACAAAGUAGUUUUGUUAUGCUUUUGGUCCAGAUGAGUAAUAUAAGUAGGAUAUCUCUGUUGCUGUCAUCUAGAAAACUUUGCCAUCUGUCUCAUCUUUUUACACUACAGCAAACUUUUAAUGUUAUUUCAGUGUGAUCUCCUUUAAUGAUGUUAAGGCACUGCCUCUGGAGACAGGCUUGGGUUCAGAUCCCAGUUCUGUCAUUUAUAAGCCAUAUGACUUUGGGCAAAUUUAUUUAAUCUCUUGAAAUCCUCUUCCUCAUCUAUAAAAGGAGAAAGUAAUAAUUAUAUUUUGCUCAAAGGAUCGUGAGGAGUGAUAGCAGUCAUGUUUUUACAUUUACUGUAGUCUCUUCAUACAAUAAGCAGUUGCUAAAUGAUUGUUGACUGAUUGUUAUUAUUAUUGUCAUUAUAACAUACCAUAAUAUGAUACAUAAUAUUAUCACUAUUAAUUGUUAUCAUUAAAUUAAUAUGUGUAAUACACCUGGUAGAGUGCCUGGCACCUAAAAGGCACUAAACAAGAGCAAGUAUUUAUUGCCUUUGACUGUACAUAGCUUUUGUGAUUGAAUCAGAGGUAACCCAUGCAACAUUUUUAUUUAAUAGACUAAUUAACAAGGACAAAACUGUUGAAUGGAAAAAAUGAAGGCUCUACCUUUAAGUCAACAAACUUCAUCCUGAGGUGAUCCUGAAAGCAAACAAUGAAAUUUGGCAUGCCGGGUAGAGACAGAAAACAACCUGGAAGCUGUUUGAAGGAGCAGCAGUUGCCUAGUCAUGCCAAUGGCUGAAAUUCUGCUUCUCUCCUUGAAUGAGUCAAGGAGAGGGGGCAGAAAGGUUACUGAUUGUGUUCAUUAAUUUUCACUCAAAAGCUGCCACAUGUUACCACAUUGCCCCCCGGCACCAGUGCUGUUUGGCUGUCUUCUCUUUGCCCAUGAGAAGCCAACAUGUUAAAUUGGUGGAGCUUACUAGAUCUGACAGAGAAAUUCUUCACGUCUGGCCUGGAUGUCUAAGUAAAUUUGGUGUACUCCGUGUGGUCUGGGGCAAUUGCUGGAAGCUAUUAGAAUUCUGAACAAAACCCUCCUUUCAAAGACUGCUCGUUUCCUGCUGGGGUAAUCCAAGUAUCAAACAUUAAGAAAUAUGGGCAAGGAGAAUGUGGCUGCUUGCUCCGUGCAGACCCCAAAAAGGUGUCUACGACAUCUCCCAAAUGACAAAAUGUUACUUCCACUUGAUCAUCUUGAGUAAGUGGUUUCUUUUGAAAAUAAGAGCUCUACUUUUUCUACACUGUGUACACAUGAGAAAUGGUUGAAUUUCCUCUUGUCAUUCAAAUUUAGGUCAGGGGCACUUUCUCCUUCCCUUGAAGGAGAAAUCUGAAGUUAUUUUUAUUUUCCUAAUCUUUUCCUUAUAAGUUUCCUCUAAAGUCAGAAAGUACUUUCAUUAACUGUGGUUGUGGAGUGUACACUUUUGACUAGGCUUGUUCAGUGACUGGAACCUAUUUUAUUAAGAAUGCUUCAUGGAGAAGCUAUGGUUUAUCUCAUGAAAUAUCUAAGUUUGCCAUAAACUGUUUCCUUUGUACCAAAAUUUAUUUUCUGUGAAAUUCCAGGUGUUCUUUUACAUAGACUUGAAAGGAGUAGAUUUGAGAGUCAGUUUAUAUGUUUUUCCUAAGAAAAGUAUUUUUUUUGUGUGAUGGAUUAAUUGAGGAAGAAAUCAGAUAACAUAGGUGAAAUCACUGGGUCUGCAUAGUGAAAACCAUUAUUUUAAUUAAUUUUAGUUACACUGUGUUGGUGCCGCCAGUUAUAUAGCUGAAUGGUGGUAUGUCGUAGCUGGAUUAGCUUUUGGUGCUGCACUUAUCGUACUGUGUGGGAACUCUUUUCUUUGACUUUACAUGGUAGACUAUAAACUUCUGGAGAACAGGGACAAAGCCUCAUUCAUCAUAGUUUCCUAGUUCAUAGCACCACAUUAGACACACCAUUAAUACUUUAAAAAAAUGAAUGAAUAAGACAUUUUUACAAAAUGUGAAUGUUAGACCAGGUGGUUUCACAAAGUAACGCACUCGAGUGGGUUCACUGGACUCCCUCUUGUGUAUUCAACCUCUUCAGCUCCUAUCUGUGCUUUGAUUCCUCCGGUGAGAUGGUUUCUUUCAUCAUGAAAGAGUUCAGCUACAUUGCUUCAUAGUCCCAGUCUAGUUCCUUUCCCCAUAGACUCUGUAUGAGAAAUGUGAAAUGAUAGUGCUGAAUGGGGAAAAUUAAUCUAUUUUGAUGACUUUUAAGGAGUUCUAACUGCACGCGAUAGCAAGCAGCUCACUUGUCAGUAGACAGCAGUCCUGUGUUAUGUCAGGGGUCACGUGGUGCUUCACUCUCAGAGAGUUUUUGUCUUUUCCUCUAAGUUAUGCUGACCUUUCGGACGAAAAAAUUCCCCAUCUAAUAAAAGUCAGAGCAAAUUUAUGGACCUGCUCCUGACCACUUGUCCUGUAUGUUUUAAAAGGGAAAAAAUGAGUCUAGAUCAAGAUUCAUAGGUUACUUUUGGAACAUGUCAGUGGUGAGCAGGAAACAAAUAUUCCACUUUUCCUGGUUUGCUUAUCUUUUCCUGAUUCUAGCUGUUUGGUGGAUAUUGAAGCCUGGAGUGAAGGUUGCGGCUGAGAAUGGUAUUGUAGUUAGUUAUUUCUCUUCAGAAAUAUAAGCUGUUGCUCUCUUUGCCAGGAGGGCCUCAAGAUUUGGCACCACAUAGGAGGCCCCAGGCGGGGCUGAGGUGAGGCUGCUAAUGAAAAAGUAGCUGUGGCACGUCAGGACGAAUCAACUUGGGCUGAGUGGAAAGGAGGGGAUUCUGUAAUUAAAGGCCCAGAAAAAUAAACAGAGUUGUCAGUCACUGCUGACUUAGUGCCUACCUCAUCAUGGAACAUUUCAAGUGAAUUCGACAAAGAUUCUUACCUGACCCUCGAUGAACCCAUGAAUAACAUCACCACCUCCUUGGGACAGACAGCAGAACUGCACUGCAAAGUCUCUGGGAAUCCACCUCCCACUAUCCGCUGGUUCAAAAAUGACGCACCUGUGGUCCAGGAGCCCCGGAGGAUCUCUUUUCGGGCAACCAGCUAUGGCUCUCGGCUGCGGAUCAGAAACCUGGACACCACAGACACGGGCUACUUCCAGUGUGUGGCGACAAAUGGCAAGAAGGUGGUUUCUACCACUGGGGUCUUGUUUGUCAAAUUUGGCCCCCCUCCAACGGCAAGUCCAGGAUCCUCAGAUGAAUAUGAAGAAGAUGGAUUCUGCCAACCAUACAGAGGGAUUGCAUGUGCCAGAUUUAUUGGCAACCGCACAGUCUACAUGGAGUCUUUGCACAUGCAGGGGGAAAUAGAAAAUCAGAUCACAGCUGCCUUCACCAUGAUCGGCACCUCCAGUCACUUAUCUGAUAAGUGUUCCCAGUUCGCCAUUCCUUCCCUGUGCCACUAUGCCUUCCCUUACUGUGAUGAAACCUCAUCCGUCCCAAAGCCCCGUGACUUGUGUCGCGAUGAAUGUGAAAUCCUGGAGAAUGUCCUGUGUCAAACAGAAUACAUAUUUGCAAGAUCAAAUCCCAUGAUUCUGAUGAGGCUCAAGUUGCCAAACUGUGAAGAUCUCCCCCAGCCAGAGAGCCCAGAAGCUGCAAACUGUAUCCGGAUUGGAAUUCCCAUGGCGGAUCCCAUCAAUAAAAAUCACAAGUGCUAUAACAGUACAGGUGUGGAUUACCGGGGGACAGUCAGUGUGACCAAAUCAGGGCGCCAGUGCCAACCAUGGAAUUCCCAGUACCCCCACACGCACACCUUCACAGGCCUCCGUUUCCCAGAGCUGAAUGGAGGCCAUUCCUACUGCCGCAACCCAGGCAAUCAGAAGGAAGCACCCUGGUGCUUUACCUUGGAUGAAAACUUUAAGUCUGAAAUGUGUGACAUCCCUGCAUGUGAUUCAAAAGAUUCCAAGGAGAAAAAUAAAAUGGAAAUCCUCUACAUACUGGUGCCAAGUGUUGCUAUUCCCCUAGCCAUCGCCUUGCUCUUCUUCUUCAUUUGUGUCUGCCGCAAUAAUCAGAAGUCAUCAUCACCGCCUGUCCAGAGGCAGCCCAAACACGUCAGAGGUCAAAAUGUAGAGAUGUCGAUGUUGAACGCAUAUAAACCCAAGAGCAAGGCUAAAGAGCUGCCUCUUUCUGCUGUACGUUUUAUGGAAGAAUUGGGUGAAUGUGCAUUUGGAAAAAUCUAUAAGGGCCAUCUCUAUCUCCCAGGCAUGGACCAUGCCCAGUUGGUUGCUAUAAAGACCUUGAAAGACUUUAACAACCCCCAGCAAUGGACAGAAUUUCAACAGGAAGCCUCCCUGAUGGCUGAACUACACCACCCCAAUAUUGUCUGCCUUUUAGGAGCUGUCACCCAGGAACAGCCUGUGUGUAUGCUUUUUGAGUAUAUGAAUCAGGGGGAUCUCCAUGAGUUCCUCAUCAUGCGAUCCCCACAUUCUGAUGUUGGCUGUAGCAGUGAUGAAGAUGGGACUGUAAAAUCCAGCCUGGAUCAUGGAGAUUUUCUACAUAUUGCAAUUCAAAUUGCAGCUGGCAUGGACUACCUGUCUAGUCACUUCUUUGUCCAUAAGGACCUUGCAGCUCGAAAUAUUUUGAUUGGAGAGCAACUUCAUGUCAAGAUUUCAGACCUUGGGAUUUCCAGAGAAAUAUAUUCGGCUGAUUACUACAGGGUGCAGAGUAAGUCUUUGCUGCCCAUUCGCUGGAUGCCCCCUGAAGCCAUCAUGUAUGGCAAAUUCUCUUCUGAUUCAGAUAUCUGGUCCUUUGGGGUUGUCUUGUGGGAGAUUUUCAGUUUUGGACUCCAACCAUAUUAUGGAUUUAGUAACCAGGAAGUGAUCGAAAUGGUGAGAAAACGACAACUGUUACCAUGCUCUGAAGAUUGCCCACCCAGAAUGUAUAGCCUUAUGACAGAGUGCUGGAAUGAGAUUCCUUCCAGGAGACCAAGAUUUAAAGAUAUCCAUGUCCGACUUCGGUCCUGGGAGGGACUCUCAAGUCACACGAGCUCAACUACUCCUUCAGGAGGAAAUGCCACCACACAGACAACCUCCCUUAGUGCCAGCCCCGUGAGUAAUCUCAGUAACCCCAGAUAUCCUAAUUAUAUGUUCCCCAGCCAGGGUAUUACACCACAGGGCCAGAUUGCUGGUUUCAUUGGCCCACCGAUACCUCAGAACCAGCGAUUCAUCCCCAUCAAUGGCUACCCAAUACCUCCUGGAUAUGCAGCAUUUCCAGCUGCCCACUAUCAGCCAACAGGUCCUCCCAGAGUGAUUCAGCACUGCCCGCCUCCCAAGAGUCGGUCCCCAAGCAGCGCCAGUGGGUCAACUAGCACUGGUCAUGUGACAAGCUUGCCCUCAUCAGGAUCCAAUCAGGAAGCAAAUAUUCCUUUACUACCACACAUGUCGAUUCCAAACCAUCCUGGUGGAAUGGGUAUCACCGUUUUUGGCAACAAAUCUCAAAAACCCUACAAAAUAGACUCAAAGCAACCAUCUUUGCUAGGAGAUUCCAAUAUUCAUGGACACACCGAAUCUAUGAUUUCUGCAGAACUGUAAAUUGCAUGACUUUUGUAAAUGUGGUAUACAGGAAAAACUAGAAAGCCGUAGAAAAGAUUUAUAUUCAAAUAUUUUUAUUAAAGUAAGGUUCUCAUUUAGCAGACAUUACAACAAGUAUCUUCUGUGAAGUUUAACUGUGUCUUAUCAAGCAAGGCAGACACCAGCCAGGAAAAAAAAAAAAAAAACAUUGUGUGAUUUACACUCCAUCAGGGUGCAUAACAUGGCAUUGGGAUUGGUACAUCUGGUUUCAAGUACUGAGAACUGCAAACCGGUGAAGAGGAAAAGAACCUUGUAUUUUAAUAUCAAACCAAAAAGGAAGGUCAAAUGGUGCUUUGUGUAUUCACCCCCAGUCGCCAUGACUGGCCUCUUCCCCAUAAUGUAUAUACCGCAGCAUUUGUCUACCUGCUGUCUUUUCUUCGGGACAGAUGUUCAGGAAUUAUAUUGAUUCAGUUUAGACUCUAUGCAUGUUUGUAUGGAAGCGAUUUUCAUAAUCAAUGAGGAAACUUUAGGCCAAAUUUGGAAAUGAGCCAUAAGACAAAUAUAAGAUUUCCCUGAAGCCUUUUACACAAUGGGGAUCCUUUGGGAAGGUGCAAAGUGUGUGCCUUUGUGGAUCUCCUCUGUUGAUCAUGGCCUUUUCUACAGUGUGUUUACACAAAUGCUUGGAAUAAUAUAUGGCAUCGAAGAAGGCUAGAUAUGGAUACUGGAAUUGUGGGUAAUAGUUCACUUUGUUGCAUUAGGAAAAAGGCACCAAAGGAAGCACAGUCAGGAAAAAGGCCCCUCAACAUAAAUCAGCAUCCAUGGGAGAGAAACAAGGGUUCCCAUGGGGAUAGCCUCACAGGCUGGAGAUUGGGAGGUCUGCAGACGAUCAUAUCAAUGCUUGCAACCUUCUGCCUAUGAGUUGUCCAAUGGGUAGGGUCCUCAUCAUUAGUUGACUCUGAGGAGGUAGAAAACUCUACAACACUAGUAUCUAGUUAAUCUGACGUUUCCCUCAUGUUUUUUUCUCAUCCAAAAUGCUCGCAGAUUUUAUUCUAGCACCACGAGUUAUAACAAUUUAUUCAUAGAGUUAGUUGGAGUCCAAAGACUAUGAAUUCUAUUUUGUGAAAUAUUUCAGUAUUUUUUUAAUAAGUACUGAGUUCUCACUUAAAAGAUUACCAAGAACUGAAUUAUUUAAACUGGUAAAUAGAACAGGAUCACUUUUGCCUUAGUUAGCGGGAGGUAUCAAAUGUGCAUCUCACGCUAUUUACCUGCUAGCCAUCUUUUGCCAAGUUUAGAAUUCUUAAUGGGUUUCAAGUUCUAUAUAGAAAGGAAUUUUAUGUUUGCAUUUUCUCUAGUUACAAAAAUAACUCCUUUAUUCUAAGGACACUGUCUCAAAGUCUCAUUUUUAUUUUAAUUUUAUAGCUAAAGAGACUUAAAAAGAGACUGACAGGAUAUAAAGCAAUUCCUGGAAAUAUUUGAUGAGAAUAUAAGUGAGUUAGAAAUAUGUUGAUGUUUCAGUUUUUAAAACUACAACUAGGAUGGUAAAUCAAAGAAAUAUUUUCACCAAAAUGUGUUACCAUUUCCCAAACACUGAAUCUUCAGACAACAUAUAUGGACUUAAAUGUACUGUGAACGCAAAGAAUUAGCUAUAUCCAGAUUUAUUGAUAGAUAAACUGGUAGAAAAAAAGACAUUUUGUGACAUAAAUAAGCUGAUUCAAAAGUUACAUUUCUUAACUUUAGGUAGAGGAGAAUGUUUGUAUCCUUUUGUUGCUAUGCAACUGUUUAAUGUUGAAGAUUCAAACCACAAUUUUUAUAUCCUACGACAAUCAACUAUUUUCCACAAAUAUUUAUUAUUUUAAGUAAACACAACUUCAGUGAAUCUGAGUUUUUCUAGGAGUCCCUUAAAGGGAAAUGAGCAUUCCAUGAGCCAGUAAAUUACCUACUCUGGAAAAACAUUACUAUGGUUAAAAAAUAAAUUCAACUUAGUUUUUUACAAAGAACUAUAACAUUUAUUUUAAACAUUUUGUAAUUACUGACGUCAUUAAGGUGAGCAAACUAAAUUUCAAAACCACUUGUAAUAAUGUAUUCUAUAAUAGCACUGUGACUCUACAUAACACAGUCCCUUUUGUAUUGAAAUAGUAUUUUUUUUCACAAACUGAAAAAUAUCUUCUGCUUGUUGACUGUUAAUGAUUUGUAAGAUGACUUUAUUUUCAGAUCUUUUUUUUUUUUGCACAAAACUAUGUUUAUGGUUUGUAUCACAGAAGUGAAAAUAUAUCUCUGCAUUUUUAUAUCUGGUCUCUUUUCUUUUGUUUGUUUUUAACUUGAUAUAGAUUUUCUUCAAGUAUAUAUGGCAAUAUUCAGAUAUCCUGCCCUGUCAUCUUUCCAUAUUUCCAUUGCAUGCAUUUAAUCACUGAUUACUUAAUGUUUGACUUGUUACUAUGGGCAUUUCAAGUAGACAAGCAUGGAAUUGUAAUGACAAAAAGACUAUUAUGUUGAGGAUAUAUGCAUUUGUAUUUCACACACCAGAGAUGAUAUUAAACACUGAUUAUCUUAUGCUGCUGUUUAUUAAAAAUGUUUACCAUAAAAUAUCAUUUCCCAAAUAGUGCUAUCAUGGAGAUUUGAGAAAGUUCAUAUUAUUUGUCCUAAUGAGUGACAUUUCAUGGAAAGAUAAGUCAUAAUUCCUAUUUACUAAAAUUUCACUGAAAUGAUUUCUUUUAAGUAAGAUUUUAAAUAGACGUGGGCAUUCUUUUGCUAGUGAUCUUAGGUGGAGGGGAGAAUUCCAAGACUAUCUGUGGCAAGAUUUUAAUUUUUCAAUCAAAUAAUAUUGUGUGAUUACUUUGCAACCAGGUGGAAUAUAAUUGGUUUUAAAAGUUGUAUCCUUUUUGGCCUCUAUGUUUCCACAUGACUGUAGAUAUCAAAAAUCAUGUCUUAGAACUCCAAAAAAGAAAAAGCUGUGUAUAUCAUAUCAUGUUUAACUUAGAUUCCAGCCACACUGAUAAAAUAAAUGUGGUCAUUUAAUUGUCACAGCUUAUCUUUAUGACCAUAUCUGCCCAAAAGAAAGAAUUCCCCAUCUGGCGAUUAAUACACACUGUCAAGGAAAAUAAGUAUCAUUAUGAAAGUUCAAAGAACUUGUCCAUUUUUGCUAUUUAAUACAGAAGGGAAUACAAUAAAACCUUCAGGGCCUUAUCCAUCUGUUUUAGGUACAGCUCUUGUCACCACCUCAGCGAUCAAACUCAAUAAAGCAAUCGUUUCACAUGGCGGUGAGAUCAGUGUCAGGUUGGGUUUCUCCCUCUCACUUGAAUUCCUCAAUCUGCCUUCACUCCCAUUUCCUUCUCUGUCUCUCCACACCCUCCCAACCCCCGCCCAUCCCCAAUCAUGUAACUAUGUAAUCGAGGCCUUAAUUCCUUAAUCACCAACAUCUGCAAGCUCACAGUACCACCUCAGAUGCCUCUUGCAAACCACAAAAAAAACUUGAUAGGAGGCGCUCUAUUAUCUACACACCUUCAAAGGUAAGUACCUGUCCCCGUAUCUCUCGAAGUCUAGGCCAGUAGACCUUCGAACUGGUUAGAAAUACAAAUUCUCAGGCCCUGCUUUGAAGUACUGAGUCAGAAAUUUCAGGUUUGAGAUGCCAGCAAUUACAGAGCCUAAGUUAAAGGCAUGGCAGUAGGGAUGGGAGGUCAUGGCAUUGUUAGUAGUGUAUACAUAGGCACGUAGUAAUAUUUUAGUUCACAUAGUCCUUUAACAAAAAUCAAGUGUUUCAUAUUCAAAAAUUCAACACUAAAACCUUUUACAUUAACCAUUUGACAAUUGGCUUUAUUUUUUGUAGUUGUUACUUGGAUAAAAAACUGACAGCAUUCAGCCUUCGUCAAGAAUAUACUCCUUGUCUAGUUCGCCCACGGCUCAUAUUCUUGGAGAGGAACCAAAAUAUUUUUCCUUAAUGUGGACAG